GGGACGAGUACUCGGUUUGGAUUCGGUACUCGACGGAUUCGGCCUUUUUUUAGGGUUCGGCCGAGCACCGAGUGUUAACGGCCGAGUACUGAGUACUCGGCCUUAAUUAUAUUCCAGAGAAAAAUAAAAACCAAAAGCCAGCUUUUAUCAGUAUUAUUAUAUUAAACACAUUAAAACAUCAUGAACAUGAGAAGCAGCAGAAAUAUUUAGAACGUACAUAAGAAUCUAUAAUAGAAAUUAUUAUUACUAAUAUUUAAAAUUUAAGAGAGGAAGAUUGUAAUGCAAAAGCACUAGUUUUUCGGCCCUAUUUGGGUCUAGUUUGUAAGGGAAAUAACUGCACGCCGCCCGCUACCGUGUUUUUUUAAAGCCGAGUAUUCGGCAGAGUACUCUGCCUAAUCUAGGCCGAGUACUCGGCGAAUCGACUCGUUCCAUGUCUACUUUGGAUAACUUUAUAUUUUUGAGAGUUCCUUUGUAAAUCACUCUCCAAGUAAAAAUAAAUAUUAAAUAAACAAAUACGACUUUUUUCCUUUUCUUUUUUUAAAGCAGGUUGGGGCAACUGGGGUAAUUGGGGCUGGCCGCAAGGUGGUGGUAACAACCAAUCUGGAGGCGGUGGAAACCAAGGCCAAGGAGGAGGUGGUGGUGGAAAAGGCAAUCAGGGCCAGAACCAAAACCAAAACCAGAACCAACAGUGGCCAAGCAAUUACACCGCUCAACAGUGGUAUCAGUGGCAACAAUGGCAACAGCAGCAACAGGGUUGGCCUGGGUACCAGCAAUCACAAGGCAACCAACAAUCGAGCAACAUGGACCAACAAGCAUGGGCUCAAUACUAUCAGAAUUAUGGCGGCGCAAACUCUGGACCUAUUACAGGCGUUCCUCCUCCUGAUAAGAAAUAACGACAAGAAACACAAUUUCAUACACGCGACGGGUUAGAAUCAUGAUAAGGAAUGAUUAUCUAAAUAAAAGCACAUUAUGCCAAAUUGUAUUAAAACAGAAACAUUUUUAAUUGGCUGUAUACAUAUAUAUUCCAUUAUGUGUUGAUAUCGACAAAGCUUAAAAUUAAACCUUCCCCAAGCGUAUUUAAAGAACAUGGCAUAACUAUGUAAAAAUAUUUACUUUAAUAUGAAACAUAUUAUAUAAACCUACAAAAAUACAUAUAAUAAGGAACCUAAAUUUAUUUUUUAAGCUUUUAGUCGUGCUUGAAUCUAAUUAAACUAAUGAUUACACCACACACUGUUUGCUAAGUUUUAAAGGGCACUUUAUGAUGUCAAAUUCAAAGCACAACAAUAAUCGUAUUUCAUCUUUUACGUUGUAAAAACUACAACGAUAUAAACGUCAAACAAAACCCGUCAGUUAACAAGUAGAUAGUCCUGUUUUUUAAUUUGCAACUAUUUUGUCGAUGUUUGCAAUAAAAAUAAGUAGUUUGUAAGUAUUUGGGUUAUAAGGUUUUAAUAUAGGAGACUCAGUUUCUUUUAGCUAAGAGCUUAAAACUAAGUUUUUUCAAAUGUAAAUGAUACUAUAUUUUUAUAGUCGUUUGUAAAGCACAUUCAAUAUUAUUCACUGUGUGUGUGUACUUUGGAUUGUAAAAUUACAAGGCACAUGUAAAAUAAUUAAGACAUUGUGACAUUACAACAUGCAUCUUGUGAUUUCUCUUUAAAAAUAUUUACCGACUACGAAUGUUCUAUGAUAAUGUCUUUUUUAGGAAAAAUAAAUGAGACGGAAACGGCGUUUCAUAAGUAAUUAAGGUUUUGUAAGUAGGUUCAAGCGCAUUUGGAAAUCUGUGUACUGGUAUAGAAUUCAUAUUACAAUGACCGAGUUGUUAAUGUGGCGUGAAUGUGUGUGUGGUUGUAAGUAUUGAUUAAACUACGUUUAGUAGUGCCGUGGUUUUAAGUUUCAGGUGUUAUUCUGAUGCAAUUAAUUGAUUUAAAUAAAAUUAUCUUAAAGAAUGUGUCGAAUUAUUUCGAAACAACCAAAUUACACAAAGGUAACCCAUAAGUAUUGGUAAUAAUACUUUAAAUACCCUUGUUAUUUAUGCUGGUCGAGUCUGAGCUAAAGUGAACUCUUGCGAACUUGACGAAAGAACGCUGGCGAAUAUCUGUGUACACGUUAAAAAUCAAAUUCAUAGAAAGUUAUCCAAUUCAUCCACCCAUUACAUCCCUUCACAAGCCACUGCAGAACAUAGACCCGUUAUUAAUGUAACCUACUGACAUGCCUGCCGCAUGGGCAAUUUAGGGUGUACAACGAUCGGGGCAAUAUCUGAACUGUCUCUACACACAUGCCUGCCGUUCAGUAGAGAUGAGUCGUACUAGGUAAAUCUUGUACUAGGUGCACCUAAUCCAAUUCCGUACAAAUACUUGAUGCAAAUACCUGUUUCUCCUAGUCCAUGAAGUAUGCAUAAUGUUUGGUAUUGUCGGAGAAUAGGGUACACUUUAAAGUAUGCUUAGUCUUUGCGUACCACCGAUACGUGUACGUAUGCAGUAAUUAAUUAUAUUACCUUCAUACUUUACACAGACUUAGGACUGUCAACGUAAAGAUUUAUCUACAUUGUAGAUUGUUGGCGUAUGAAAAAAAUGAUAAAAUAAAAUAUUCACUUUUUUCAAAGUAAUCAGAUUUUUGCCUUUUUUAAGUAUUUUUUAAUCACCUAUCAACAAUAAUUGUUUUUUAUAUAUACGGAGAAAAUCAGUUUUAGAAAUUUUGAUUCAAGAGCAUUAAUUGUUCGACUUUCCGAGUCCCCAGCCUCGUUCUCCUGUCAACAAUCCACAGGAGGAAAAUAAUCUUUCACAAGGGACAUUGCAUUUAACUUGUUGAGUGCUAAGGCAUACAAAAGCGGGUAUAUAUCUUUUCACUUUUUCCACCACUCUAGUGGUGAUUUUUAUAUAUGUGUGAAGCUAUAUUUCUCGAACCUGGUUGUACUACGGCGGCACUGAAAAUUUCGGGAACCAAGGAAGUGACACAACAUUACUAUUUAAAAAUGUAUUUAUUGCUUUUCAAAGUAUUCUCCGCGAAAUUUGACACAUGUUUCCAUACGAUGGAACCAAUCAUUGAAGCAACCAUUCCAUUCGGAAGUUGGGGUCUCCAAAAUGGCCGUUUUGUAGACGUCCACAUCUUCUUCAGGUGAUGAAAAUCUGUCCACGCAAUUUAUUCUUUAUUUUAGGGAAAUUAUAGAAAUCAUUAGGGCUUAGGUCGGGGCUGUACGGCGGAUGGUCUAAUAAUUCUAUGUUUUCUUGCUCUAAAAACUCUUUUGUUCUGUGUGCUGUGUAAGAACUCGCAUUGUCGUGAUGGAGGAUGAUGCGGCGGUUGCAGUUCUCUUUACAGAGUUCAGAAACGACCUGUGGCAAACAAAUGCUAGCAUACCAUUCUGCAUUAACCAUUCUUUGUCCCUCAAGAGGAAUAGUCGUAACAUGGCCGGUUUUGGAGACAAACGUGGCCACCAUUUUUUUUGCAACACCGUGAAAGAACAAUUUUUGUUGGCUUUAACUCAUUUUCGAACACCCAAACUCGCGACUGGUUUUUUGUUUCGGGUUCGUACGCGUAUGGCCCAUUCUCAUUUUUGCAAAUUUUUUUUGUGCAAUUGUAUUAAAAAAUGAAAUACUUUUAUCAUUUCUAAAAUUCCUAUCUACAGUUAAUCUAAGUAGGUUAUAUUAACAGGAUUUUUAUGAAAACUUAAACAACAUUAAUAUUUUUUUAAUCAUCAUUAAGAAAGUGACGAAAAUGUCACCUCCAUGUCGUGUGCAACAUCAGUUUAUGAUACUACAGGCUAAUAUAAAAUAUACAUAUCAAUAAUAAGUUAUUAUUUUAUAUUUUUUUACAAUAAAACAUGCAAAAAUCUUUCUAAAAGACAAAAUAAUUAAAACACAAAUGAAAUAAAUGAUUCCAAAUAUUUCCUAACUUUUGUGCAUGGAAAAAUUAUCACCUCCGUGGAUAAACUUACUGAACGCAGCCACAAUUCAAUAAAUAAAUAAAGACAGUUCCUCAACAAAUACAGACAACAAAUAUAACGCCAUCUUGAAAAUUUUUCACAGUUUGUACGUCCUGGGACGGGAAUUUUGGAGUAAAGACCUAUAAAGUAAGAUUUGUUUAAAAUUAGCAUGCUAUUUCAGUCACUUUUGUGGAUUACUUAUCACAAAGUAUUAAUUCAAUUAAGGUCUAUCAGAUAUCGUAAAAUGAUGGGCCACUAUAGCCGUUAUCUUGGUAUUUCGUCAUUUUUAAUAAUCAGCGUUUGAGAUUACGAUAAAAUGUUAUCUAAGUUUAAAAUCUCACUUCCAUGGAUGUGACAGUACUGUGAUCGCUCUUCAGUAAUUUAAAAAUUAUCAAUGUAGGGUAGUUAUAGCACUAAAAAUCAGGAACAGAUCAAUCGCAAGACAAAAUAAUGCAAGAGGCGACGUCGAAAAAAACAAAGACCAAUCCACAGUUGUACGACCAGUUUAAAGCUACAGAAAGAGAGUUAUAGAAAUUUAAAAUAAAAUUAUAUCUAUUGAUCAAAUGUCAG